CAGGCUCUGAGGGUGGUGGGAACCAGCCCGGCUCCCAAUCCCCGGUUCCUGUCUAGCAGAUUCACGAGGCAGUUCAAAGAAGGAAGGCUGACAGAACAGCUCUCCUGCUCCCUCCCUCCCCCAACUGGCUGAGUCUAACUGGCCCGGGGCCCAGUGGUUUUGUUCUCCACAGCCUCCCAUAAGUAAAAAUACUCCAGGCCGCAGCCUCCCGCCCGUCCAUGGCGUCAGCUCCCCAACCCACUGGUCAGGCUUUCGCUCGUGGGCGGGAAGGAGGCAGCCCUGUGCCGCGCUGGAGUCUAAUUACGUGCUGAGGAAAUAAACCAUGGGCUUCAAUUUUAGUGCUGAAAAUAGCUACGGCCUAGGAUUCCUCUCUCUGGCCUGAGCCGGGAGACGCGUCCCAGGGCUCGCCCUCGGCGCCCGGCCUUCGGGGUUUGCCACGGGACGCUAGGCGGUGGGCAGGGUAGGACAAGGGUCCGAGGAGCGGGGGCGGCCCCCAGAGGCCCCGGGGUCCGAAGUCUGUGGAGAGGCACACUUCAGGGAGACGGGACUCGGGCCCAGGGCUCAGGCCCCUCCACACCCUGCAUCCCUACUGUGCCUCCUAGCCCCCGGCUCUAGAAUGUUCUCGCUCUCGGCCUGCAGGACAUCCAGGACUUCGGGGUCCUGCUGAAUGCCCCUCUGGAGCCUCGUGUGGCUAAGAAUGCGAAGCUCUGGCCAACGCUGAGGUAACUGUCUAGGCCGUCAUAGGACACACGUCACGGUUUCGUGUGUAGCCAACCGUCUCGGGCAAGGAGGAUGAGGGAACAUCGGCAACUGGGUUUGUGGACAUCGAAGCUUCUGCAGGUCAACGGAAUGUCUAGGUGGCUCAGUUAGACUGGAUCCUGAGCCCCUUCCCGCCGCCUCGCUGCCUGGAAGGAGAGAGCCGGCCUGCUGGGGCCACAGGCCACCCAGCCCGGGGAGACGAGGGGGCACACCACGUGAAUGGCAAGUCCAGAGGGGGCGGCGGCCUUGCCGUCCGGGGAUCCUGGGGACCCUGGGCCGUUGGUCCCAACCCAGCUCUUCUCACAGCUCCGGGUCGUCAUGAGCUGUCCACGGCCCGGGGGAGCACGGACAGGGCCCCCUCCCGUCCCCGCCCUCCCUGUCACCCAGCGCACGGCAGGGCCCGGCUCACGUGCUUCGGCUCCUUUGCAGGCGCCCGCCCCGAGCAGCCAGCGCUGUUACCUCAGCACCGCAGGGCCAGGCCUGAGGCCGCGGCCAAGGACGAGGUCAGCGCGCUCAGUGAACAAGCGUCCCUGGCCGCCCGGCCGACUGGAGGGGACAGCAGAGCUGAGGGGAGGGCCUGGCCCGCCGUGGCGGCGGCGGCGACCAACAUGGCGCGGGCCCACGGCCAGGCCAGUCCGCCCUGCUUCUGGGGAAGGGGGGUUUCGGGGGAGACCACACUCCAAGGACGGCGGGAGCAAGCGCGGGCCCUACCUGCCACUCCGGGGAACGCAGAGGAGGCCGGCCCUGCUCGGAAGCCCCGGGCUCCUGGAUGCCAUCGGCACACGCCUCUCAUCUCUUCAGAGUCACUCGGCCUCUCCAGCGUGUCCAGAGCAGCUGCCAUAGCUGCACGUGGCAGCCACUUACGGAGAACCUGGUAUGACUUACCCGCCGGCAUUAUUAGCUCGUCUGAGAC